CCCCUCUUUCCCUCACUCCUCACUCCCACCCUCCCCUCCACGCCCCUCUCUCUCUCCCACACACCCCCUUCUCUCCUUCAGUGGGCGCUAUCUGCUGCAGGGCAUGAGAACUGGAAGUGGGUCUUGGCUCAGCCCAUCAGAUUGCCAAUGCCAUCCUUGCUGUCUCUCUGCCUUCCAUCUCCAUCUUGCCAUCUCCACCCCGGACCUGCACACUAGCGGCCACUCCCUGCCCUUGUGCUUGUGUGUGCAUGUUUGUGUGGUGGGUAGGCGUCUUGUCACUCUCUUCAUCCACUUCCAAGUAUCUUCGCACCCACCCAUCACAGCUUAGGUACUUGCUAUGCACCAUAGGCCUUGUCUUGGGCGUGCUCCUCCACUGGUGGGCAGGCUGUGCUUCGAGGAUAGAUACAUAUGAGCCGACCUCUUUCCACACCUCGAUCCACCUCUCGUUCUCUCAUCAUUCGACUUCACUCAUCUUCUCCUCCGGCAUUUGUUCGUGGCUCACUCUCUUGCUUGUGGCUUCCAGUUCUGUUCAUAUAUCGACUGCAAUCCCGUCCAACUCUUUAACCAUCUGCCACCACCCACACUCAUCACCCACAACUUGCCUACGCACAAAUACACCAAACACCACCUUCAGUUCACCACUUGAACACUAGUCGACUCGACUCGGUUCUGCCCAACACACAACACCAAACUCAAACAAAUUCACAACAUACAUCCAGACGCAAUGGCCGCCUUCGACCUCUGGACUCACGAGUUCUGCCUCGGCUGCGACAAGCAGACCGACGGUACUGCCUACUGCUCCGAAUCCUGCCGCCUCGCCGACUUCGAGAAGACAUCUACACCCAGCUCAGUUGCCAGCUCGCCCGGCUUGAACACCCCUUCUUACCCUUGGACUUCUUCAAGGCAACAGUCCAACAACUUUUACCUCUCGCCCGCCUACGACUUCACCAACGCUCAGCCCUACGGCAGCACUCCUUCCAGACAAUCCUACCUCUCGUCUUCCAGGGCACCCAUCACCACCCGCCGCACCCUGACCACUUCGAGCUCCAACUCCAGCCUAUGCUCGAUGCAAAGCACAACAUCAUCCAACACUGACGGCAGUCAGCUUUCAGAGAAGGCCAAGAGGGAGCUCCAAGCCUACGCCGUGUCUUUCGAUCAAGCGAGACUCCAACGUCGACGAUCUGCCUAAAUCAAACACGACCACUUUAUCUACACACUGUUCAAUAUACCCUUAGCCACAGCACAAGUGGCAUCGUUUCCUUUUUCCAGCACAGCACGCAACUCAGUUUACUCGAUACACCAUCGGCACACCGACUCUUUUCUCUUUUCUUUGGGUUCGACUUUGUGUUGUAACAAAACGGGCAUUACAUCGGAGUACUGCAUUAUAAAAAAAAGUUUGGGUCAACUACGGGGAGUACUUGGCUUGGCAGGACACCUGCUUCAAUCACGUCAGGGCGCAACAAUGGGGAACACUGGGAUUGUACCACGACAUUGGGGGCUUGUAACCAAGGGUUGUUUACAAGCAUGGCACUGAGAGAUUGAGGAUCUCGCCUUCGGCUUCACUACAUCUCGCCACAGAAUGGACGAGGCACGGUAGCCUAUCACGAGAGCAGAAGGGCUCAUAUCACGACAAAGAUUGGGUAAAGACCCUGGCACUGGACGAAGCCUCGAGGCAAAAUGACCUCUGACGGCAGCUUGGACUGGUAUAAACAUUAGGCAUUAUCAAAGUGACGGAUCAACUGGGUAGCGGAGGUUCCAGAGGAAUGGACUAGCACCGCCAGAUUGAGAUGGACCAAAAAAUAACAGACCAGUUCAAAGCUUG